UCAUACCCAUCUCAAGUCAAGUCCACUCGCACCAUCAUUUUAGCUUACAAACUCUGUCUUCGCUCAGCCCACUGGUCGUCAACAAAGCAAUGGUUCUUGGAGCGCCGCUUGCCGCUGCGGCUUCGGUGCCGUGGAGCAUCCUGCUCGGAGGUCUCCUGGCCCUGGUGCUCCUGUGGAAGGUCGGCGGGCUGCUGCACCAGAUGUGGUGGCGGCCUCGGCGGCUCGAGCGGGCGCUGCGUGCUCAGGGCAUCCGCGGCACGUCCUACCGCUUCCUCACCGGCGACCUCAAGGAGUACGGCCGGCUGGCCAAGGAGGCCUGGUCGAAGCCUUUGCCGCUGCGGUGCCAUGAUAUCGCACACCGCGUCACGCCGUUCGUCCACAACAUUGUCCAGGAGCACGGCAAGAUGAGCAUGUCCUGGUUCGGCCCCAACCCCAAGGUGACCAUCGUCGAUCCUGAGCUAAGCAAGGACGUGUUGUCCAACAAGUUCGGCCACUUCGAGAAGCUCAAGUUCCCGGCGCUGUCCAAGAUGCUGGGCGACGGCGUGGCGAGCCAUGAGGGUGAGAAAUGGGUCAAGCACAGGAGGAUCCUCAAUCCUGCAUUCCAUCUUGAGAAGCUCAAGCGCAUGUUGCCAGCGUUUUCUGCGUGCUGCGAAGAGCUGGUCAGUAGAUGGUCCGAAUCCCUCGGCUCCGACGCUUUGUUGGAGCUGGACGUUUGGCCUGAGCUGCAGAACCUCACUGGAGACGUCAUUUCUCGCACCGCAUUCAGCAGCAGCUACCAUGAAGGUAGAAGGAUUUUCCAGCUACAAGCCGAGCAAGCUGAGCUUGUCAUGACUAACAUUCGGAAGAUUAUGAUUCCUGGUUACAUGUCCUUGCCUACCAGAAACAACAGAAAGAUGAGAAAAAACAACAAAGAGGUCGAAUCAAUUCUGCGAGAUAUAAUUGGGAAAAGGAUUCAAGCAAUGAAACAAGGCAAAAGCACCGAAGAUGAUUUAUUGGGCCUAUUGUUGGAGUCAAACAUGAGAGAAACAGAAGAGAAUGGUCAAUCAAGCAAGGGGAUGACAAUUGAAGAAGUUAUCGAGGAGUGCAAGGUAUUCUAUUUUGCAGGAAUGGAGACCACAUCUGUGCUGCUCACGUGGACAAUGGUUGUAUUAAGCAUGCACCCAGAGUGGCAGGACCGUGCAAGGGAGGAGGUGCUAGGUUUGUUCGGCAAAAACAAGCCUGACUAUGAAGGCCUGAGCCGCCUCAAAACCGUGACCAUGAUCCUUUAUGAGGUUCUCCGGUUGUACCCGCCAGCCAUUUCUUUCGUCCGGAAAACAUACAAGGAGAUGGAGAUUGGAGGCAUUACAUACCCUGCAGGUGUGAUCUUGGAGCUGCCCGUGCUCUUCAUCCACCAUGACCCAGAUAUUUGGGGAAGGGAUGUGCACGAGUUCAGGCCAGACAGAUUUUCUGAGGGGAUCUCCAAGGCAUCCAAGGACCCAGGCGCAUUCCUCCCGUUUGGUUGGGGACCACGCAUAUGCAUUGGUCAGAACUUCGCCUUGCUAGAGGCCAAGCUGGCGUUGUGCAUGAUCCUUCAGCGAUUUGAAUUCGAGCUCGCACCAUCAUAUACUCACGCGCCACAUACCGUGAUAACACUGCAUCCUAUGCAUGGUGCCCAAAUGAAGCUCAGAGCAAUAUGAUCACAUCAUGAUGUUCAUCUUCAAUAAAAUCAAAUUGGCCCUUUCCGUGUUAAAAUGUAUAAUAUCUUUUCAAUGGGAUUUUGUGCUUUUAUGUAUGCUGUGUGCUUUAAAAGUUUAUUAUAUUUCUUUACUCACUAAACACAUGGAUUAUGUAUCUUUUUUGUAAGGCAUUAUUGGAUUGUACAUUGGUGUAGCAAAAUGUGUUCACUAUCA